GUGGGUAGCAACAGUUGCCCCGGUGAGGACGAGGCGCCAUAGUCACGGUAGUCGUGGCGACAAGAACCCAGCAACGAGAAUCAACAACAACAAUUUGAACCAUUAAGAAAAUAAAACUCCGCGCCAAACUAAGAUCAUCCGGCGAGAAGCGAAAGAGGGAUUUGGGCUGUUGUCGUCAUGGCAACUUCAGGCUACACUGCUGAGGAGCUUCCGCCCUCCCAAUCGCAAGGGGGUAACGUCACGACGGCCUCGUCGACCCAGCAAAAAGCCACUUCCACCACCACAUCCCAGUUCCUUUCCGACAUCCAGAGCUCGCCGGGAUCCGCUCCCGCACAGACGGCCUCGAUCAUAAGAGCGCAGGCCACGCCCCCCGUCACUCAAAAGAAAGCAGUUUUGGCCACGCCUCCUCAAGGAGCCGUGGCGGCAGCGCAGUAUGUGGCAGGAGAGAUACAAAGCUCCGCCUCCCAGGCAGGAAACGGCCAGAGCACCCAGCAGUACAUAGUGGUGACCGUCACCGAGGGCUCUCUUCACUCAAAUGACUCUGAAUCAAGUUCUCCUCCUGCGGGACAGACUGGUGUACCCACACAGGUAGUGCAGCAGGUGCAGACGGCACAGCAGAGGUCUGUGGUUCAGGCCACAACCAAGAGUGGACAACUGGGGGUCAGUAAUCUACACAUCACACCUGAGGUCCCUGUACAGCAUGUUUACCCAAGCCAGUUUGUGGAGGGAGACGCCAACUACAACAACACUGCAAUUCGUUCAAGUAGUUACCAGUUCACAGACCCCUCCCUCUACUCUCAGGCCACGCCCUCUGUCACGUACUAUGAGACAUCGCCCACCACUGGCUCACUGGUCACGUCCCCUGCCAGUAGUCAGCCUGUGGCUGUGACGUCCGGGGCGGGCACAGGGGUGGUCUCCAUGUUCCCAGAAGGCAGUUCGGGGAUCACCGUGGUGGCUGGCGGGUCUUCGUCAGGAGUGGGUGGGGCCGGGGGCGUGGUGACCAGCGGAGGGGCGGGGAGUUAUGUGAUUCAGGGCGGUUACAUGCUUGGUGGAGCCGGUGGGGGGAACCAGAAUUUCUCACACAACACAAGGGCGUCGCCUGCUACUGUGCAGUGGCUGAUGGAUAACUAUGAGACGGCUGAAGGUGUAAGUCUUCCUCGCUGUACUCUCUACUGUCAUUAUCUCCUGCAUUGCCAGCAGACCAAGCUAGAACCUGUGAACGCCGCCUCCUUCGGUAAACUCAUCCGUUCCGUGUUCAUGGGCCUCAGGACCAGACGUCUCGGCACCAGAGGGAACUCUAAGUACCAUUACUAUGGCCUACGAAUCAAGAGCAACUCUCCCCUGCACAGACUGGUGGAGGACCAGCAACACCUGGCCAUGAGACAACAGCCGUACUCACAGAAACAAAGGAUAAAGCCUGUGCAGAAGGUGGAGGGACUGACCAAUGGAAUGGGCCUGGGGGCGGGGCAUCAACAAGGGGCGGGGCUAUCCGACAUCAGUGCCCAGGUUCACCAGUAUCAGCAGUUUUUGGAUGCGUCUCGCAGUCUGCCGGAGUUCCCUGACCUCAAAGAUGAGGGUAAACCUGAGCCGGAUGGACUCCUUCCUCAACAUGUACACACAUAUCAGCUUAUCUACAGAGAGCACUGUGAGGCGAUUCUGGACGUGAUGGUGAACCUGCAGUUCCCUCUCGUGGAGACGCUUUGGAAGAGUUUCUGGAGGUUCAGUGAAGGACAAAGCAGUGACACUGAUGCACUCGACCUUCAUGACGACUCAGAGAAGCGUCUGCCCAAGUCAGUUCUGGUUCUGUUGUGUAAAUAUGAGCCUGUCCUCCACUGGACCCGCGAAUGCGACAACCUACUCUACCAAAGCCUAGUGGAGAUCCUUAUCCCCGAUGUCCUGAGACCUAUCCCCAGUGCCUUAACUCAAGCUAUCCGUAACUUUGCUAAGAGUCUGGAGAACUGGCUGACCAAUGCCAUGAUCAACAUCCCAGAGGAGAUGGUCCGCAUCAAGGUGGUGUGUGCGGGAGCGUUCGCUCAGACUCUGCGGCGGUACACCUCUCUUAAUCAUCUGGCCCAGGCGGCCCGCGCCGUCUUGCAGAACACGGCUCAGAUCACACAGAUGCUCAGCGACCUCAACCGUGUUGACUUCAGCAAUGUACAGGAGCAGGCCUCGUGGGUGUGUGGCUGUGAAGAUGGUGUUGUCCAGCGGCUGGAGCAGGACUUUAAACUCACCCUGCAGCAGCAGAACUCUCUGGAGCAGUGGGCUGCAUGGCUGGACGGGGUCGUCACGCAGGUCCUGAAACCAUACACCGGCAGCCCGGCCUUCCCCAAAGCCGCCAAACUCUUCCUGCUCAAAUGGAGCUUUUACAGUUCUGUGGUAAUCAGGGAUCUGACCCUGCGCAGUGCUGCCAGUUUCGGCUCGUUUCAUCUGAUCAGACUGCUGUAUGACGAGUACAUGUAUUACCUGAUCGAACACAGAGUCGCACAGGCCAAAGGAGAGACGCCCAUCUCUGUCAUGGGAGAGUUUGCCUGUCUGAACAGAAGUCAAAGGUCAAUGGAUCCUGAUAAAGAUGAGGAGGAUGAGGAGGAAGACGAUGAGACCGAUGAGGAUCAGGACAUGGCCGUUCCUGUGGUUGUGGGGGAGGAGUCACUGGAGCCGCCCACCAAACUCGCCAGAACAGAGCUCUUCAACAACAACAGCAACACACCAAACUAACUUCAUCAGUUUAGACUGCAGUACAUUCACACUGACAUUCUCAGUCUGUGGAAACAAGGACUGUAUAUGCUGAACUCGUUUUGCAGAGAGCCAGUUUUGGAUCAAAAUACAAUCUUCAGUUUUGCUAAUUAUUAGAGGAUGUUCAGUUUCAGAUCACUUUCUGUAAACACAGAGACACUGAGUGAUCAUUUGAGUUUCCUGAGGUGAAUCGGCCCUCAGAGCUGCUGUAUGAUCUAAUGAAGCUUUUCUAGAGAACGGUGACAUUCAUAUGCCUUAAUUAAGCACACACACAUACGCGCACACAUUUUCAUUGCCUUCCCUUUCUCAGAGCUGCCAUGUGUGUCAUGUGUCUCGAGUCUUAAAGGAACAGUACACCAAAAGUGAAAGCAUUCACCCUCAAGUAAUUCCAAAGUCAUCUGUCUCCAGAAAAAGUGUGUUCAAUAGUUUUAUAAUGACAGGCGGGUGAAUAAAUGAAGAUAAAAGUGAACUGUCCCUUUAAGAGUCCUGUUUUGGUAAACAUCCACCUGCUCCAUGCUGCCAUAGAACUCAUUCUUUGCCAAAGCCAAUCAUAUGUUACCUAGACCUGUUUCUCAUAAAUAUUCAUGAGUCUGGUCAUUUAAGGUGUCACUGAAAACCACAGCAGCAGAUUUUGCCUUUCACAGCUGUAACACCACAUGUCCUUCCAUGCUUUUGACAUUUUCUUUUUUUUUUUUAAUAAUAAUGAAUUAUAUAUAUACAAUUGUUGUGCUUUAAUCAGCUGUUUAACUUUGAUGCUUUGUGAUUUAAAUCUGAUGCUAAUGGAUCAAACGUGCCUUCAGAGGAUUAUUCAAUCUAAAGAUCCAUAAAUAAAUUUUAAAAACAAUCAUGAGAAUGCUUUAUUUUUUGCAAAUCAGGCCUCAUUUGUUAAACAUGAGCUGAAUCAAUUCACUGUGUAAAUUAUGUUACCAUUUUCACAGAAUUAUCAAGUUCACUGGAUAUUAUUUAAUCGCUGACUUCACUGCAUUAAAUGAAACUUAAUCAUGUGUUCAUAAAGAGAUUCAUGUCAUCUGUCA